GUGAAAUCAAUUCUUACGAACGAACACCAAUUGGCAGUGCCUCUCGAACAAUGGUGGCGCAGCACAGCGUUGGGCUGUAGGGUUGGCACAUCUUUUUGGCUAACGUCGUCAAUCGAUUGAGCCUGGCAGAACUAGCAACACUUUGAUAGUUUUCCAUUUUCUCCGCUGACGACGUGUUGUGUGCGCUGGUGGCGGUGUCGACAUCGAUUAACAGGAAGCAUCAAGGAAGAGCGAACCACAGCACCACUAGCCAUUGCCACAGCACGGGGUGAAAAAAUAGCAUAUUUUCCACAAGUGAGAAAUUUACGAUCGUGAAAAGGAAAACAUUAUCCAACAAACGCGAGUGCGAAGCUGCAAAUUGAAGAUAUUCGUGCACGAUAUUGGGACGAAACAGAGCAAUAGGCCUACACAACGAUGGAACUAACACCUGAGGAGAUACGGUCGCGGAGAUUACGAAAACUUGAGGCCAAAAACAACCGAAAUGUAUCAGCAGCGGCGGCCGCCCAACAGAGUGUGCCAGAAGCGGUGGGCAGCAAUGAUACCAAUGCACCACCGACAGUGGGUUGCAUCACCGAAAGUUCAGCUGCAACUGCGGUGGCGGCGCCUGCUACCAGCGACGAAUCCGCCGGCGGUGGUGUCCAUGGCGACGAGCAGGUCGGCAGCAGCAGCCCCGAGAGUAGCAGCAACGCCACCGAUCAGGGUACCGAUUUGAUACUGCCGGACAAAAUCGAAGCCUCGCUAAUGCUGGGCUUCGACGAGGUGGCCGAACAGUCGCAGCAAGUCGCAGCGCGACAUCAGAAAUCGGUACAAUCGGACACGAAAACGAGCUCGAUUGUGCUGGCGGCUCGCAAGAAACCGAUCGCAACCGCACAGACACAGGCACAGGCUCCGCCACCCAACUCUUGGGCGUAUAAGAAGCGAUCCUCUUCCGAGUCGCACGCGGGUUGCCCGGCGUCGCAGCAAGACAACGAACAGCAACAUCAGCAGCAGCAGCACGCGGUGGACGCCAACCUUACAGAGUGCCAAAUGGUAAGCGGAGAGCAGACUGGCAUCGGGGGGACAGAGACGGCCGCCCGGGAAGAGCUGCUGCACAUUAUCCUGCGCAUCAUGAAGAUCAACGGGAAGGCCGGCCGGUGUUCCGAUUCACGGUUUACAAUCGAUUCCGCCGUGCUCGAUAAUUCACUGGAAAUGCUGACGGCGCAGCGGUUCGCCGAGUUCUGUGCCGAAGUGAUGACCGAAGUGAUCAAGGGCAUGUACUACGGCAAGCUGAUUGAAUCGUCCAGCUGUUGGGACGGUGACAGCAGUGGCGGUACCAGUGGGCGCCUUUCCGACAGCUGGAGCUCGAUACCGAGCAAGAAGGUGAAACCGAUCGACGAAGUGGCGCCGAGUGUCGGUGGCCGCGGUACGCCGAUGGACAUUGACACGGAAGCGCACCAGGAAGAGCAGGGAGCAGCGCCUGCGUUUUGUUCCUCGAAGCCAUCGAUGAAAGCGUUCGCCAACAAUCGGGUAGCGGCCCUAGACUAUUUGACCGGGUGCUAUUGGCGCGCGAACGAGGAACUGUACAGUUACACCAAGAUCAAGAAGAGUAAAAAGAUGUACCUCGCCGAGACGCUCCCGACAGUGGUGGCCGUGAUACGUCAGCAGACGCUCCGGUACGCGAUACUGGUGUUAAAGAAUGCCUUCCAAAGCUUUUGCUGGCAACAGGGUAGCGAAAGCGGCGCUGCCGGCAGUGGCAAGACGGUCAGCAACAAGAGUACCCUGCUGGAAAAGUCUCCGCUGCUCACGCUGAUGUACAAGAACAAGCUGCCGUCCGAUUUUCUCACCAGCCUAAUGGCCGAGAGCCGCAACUCGCCGAACGAGGAAGAUUUCAAUGUGAUUUUCCGGGCCGUGCUGGACGAUCUGUACGUCGACAUGCAGAAUGCGAUCUGCAACGAAAACAUCGUCUCGGAUCCGCUCAACCGGCUGAAGGAGCUGAUCGAGACGCGCGUUGACAACGCGCACCCGAUCUGCCAGCUGAUCGUGCGGCACGAAAUCUUUUUGCCAUCGUUUACGCCCGACAAAUAUUUGGCUCGCGAGAUCUCGAAGGUGUCCUUUUUGGCCCCGUUCCUGUCGCUGUCGGUGUUGCUGGACGAAAACCCGAAGUUUGCGACCCAUCAUUUUGCGGAGAAUGUGUGCGAUCGCACGCUGGCCAGCUCGUUCCACGCGAUCCUCAGCAGCACCCGCAAGGUGCUGCACUCGGUGUUCCUCGUGCUGCUGACCAACCAGGACAGCCGGGCCGACAUAGUGAACUACAUCGCCGAGAUACUGAAAUCGAACGCGAAGCGCAUCCAGUACAACGCGGACGAUCGCUUUCUGGCGAAGGAUGGUUUCAUGCUGAACUUCAUGUCCGUGUUGCAGCUGCUCUCGGUGAAGAUUAAUCUGGCCCGCAUCGAGCCACUGUAUCCGCACCACCCGGACAGUUUGGUGGACAUUGAGGACGAAACGAAGCUCAAGUUCUCAUCGCAAGAAUACUCCGACUGGCUCGAGAAGUUGCAGGCCACCAAAAAGUGGGAACCGCUCAAGUUCGUCACGCACUGCUGGUUCCUGACGCUGCACGCGCACCAUCUCGGCAUCAUCCCGGCGAUCCAGCGCUACAAUAAGCUGCUGCGGGCCACGAAGGAACUGCAGCGUAUGGUGGACGAACUGAAUGCCACCAUGUCGCAGUGGGAAAACACUCUGCUGGCGCGGCGCAACAAGCAGAUGCGCGAUCGGUGCGUCAAUCAAAUCAACAAGCUGGCGAAGGCGAAGCUCAGCUGCGAUAUUGCCAUCAUCGACCCGAACGUGCUCGGUGCCUGCAUGCAAUUCUAUUCGUCCGUCUGCGAGUACAUGCUGUACCAGAUCGAGAACCGGCCUAUCGAUGGGCUGUUUGUGAACCAGCAGCACCCGUCGACGUUGGUGGCCAACGACAACUUUUCCGCCCUGCCCGAGUGGUACAUUGAGGACAUUGCCGACUUCAUCCUGUUCUGCAUGCAACACAGCAUAAGUGUGAUCGAUUAUGUGGACAACUCGAUCAUUACCUGGAUCCUGACACUAGUGUGCGCGCCCCAUCUGAUCAAGAAUCCGUACAUCACUGCCAAACUGAUAGAGGUCCUGUUCGUGACGUCCCCCACGAUACAGACCACCUCGCAGCGGCUGUAUUUGCAGAUAAUCAACCACGAACUCGCUCAGACUGCGUUAGUAAGUGCACUUAUGAAGUUUUAUACCGACAUCGAAACGACGGGGCAGAGUACUGAAUUUUACGACAAGUUUACAAUAAGGUAUCAUAUAAGCCAUCUGUUCAAAGGGCUGUGGGACAGCGCCGUGCAUCGACAGGCGAUCGUGAAUGAGUCGAAAAGUGGCAAGCAGUUUGUGAAGUUUGUCAAUUUCUUCCUCAACGACACAACCUACCUGCUGGACGAGUGCUUGGAGUACCUCAAGCGCAUCCACGAGACACAGGUGCUGACGAUGGACGAAAGCGCGUGGAACGCACUGACGCCGGAAGUGCAGCAGAACCGUCAGCGGCAGCUGGCACAGGACGAGCGGCAGUGUCGCUCGUACCUGACGCUGGCGCGCGAAACGGUCGACAUGUUCCACUACAUGACGAAGGACAUCAAGGAACCGUUUCUGCGCCCGGAGCUGAUCGAUCGGCUCAGCUCGAUGCUGAACUACAAUCUGCACCAGCUCUGCGGCCCCAAGUGCAACGAUUUGCGCGUGCGGCACCCGCACAAGUACGGCUGGGAGCCACGGCGGCUGCUGGGCCAGCUGAUCGACAUCUAUCUGCAUUUGGCGUGCGACGAGUUUGCGGCCGCCCUCGCGGGCGACGAGCGUUCGUUCGAGAAGCACUUCUUCGAGGAUGCGGCGAAGCGCGUCGAACGGAUCGGCAUCCGCACGCGCGGCCAGGUGGACGAGUUUCGGAAGCUCAUCGAGAAGGCGGCCGAAAUCUAUGUAAAGAAUCAGGAGAACGCGGACGAGUUUGCCGAAGCACCGGACGACUUUAAGGACCCGCUGAUGGACACGCUGAUGACCGAUCCGGUCGUGCUGCCGUCCGGUACGAUCAUGGAUCGGGCGAUCAUUACACGCCAUCUGCUCAACAGCAGCACCGACCCGUUCAAUCGGCAGCCACUGACGGAAGAUAUGCUAAUACCCGCAACGGAACUGAAGGAGCGUAUCCAGCAGUGGAUCAAAGACUAUCGGGCGCAGAAAAAGUCUAGUUAAAUGCGCUCCCGAAGCGGAUCGCGAACUCUGUACAUCAUCAAUCUUCUUGCAGCGCACUUCCCGUUACAUUUAAUCUUUAUCUCUCUCUCUCUUUCUCUCUGUGACCCCCCGUGGAUAACUCUCUUGAUAGAAAUUGUGUGUGUGUUUAAAGUGUCCGUUCUAUGUGAAUGUGUGUGUGUGUGUUUAUGCGGCAGAUCGUGAAGAGGAAUUUCGGGUUAUCACGUGCAAUCGUCGUCAACAGCAAUCUCUUUUAGUUUGCUCAAAAUUUUCCUCCACUCCAAAGGGGGCCGUUCCGUUCAAAACGAGACACGGACCCUGCAUGGGAACUGGCCGAGCAGGCAUCGAGAUUAGGAGAUUUUUUGUCUAUCCAUCCACCACCACCCCCCGUGUACUCUUUGCCCCGACUUUAUCACGGCUCGGAUUUGGGUUGCAAAUAUACGAAACUGUAAUGAUCACAAAUGCGAUCACCGGGCGCGCACGGUAUUUGCAAAUAUAUAGUAGGCAUAGGAAUAUUUAUAACACAACCAAAUAGAUGUAGAGCGUAACAUAUGAACGGUUUUUAGAUUCUAUUGUCAUGCUAAAUUGCGCUCUCCCUCUUCUUACUGUGAACCCGGAUUGUUCGUUUCGCGUCGGGGUGGGGUCAGUGUAUGGUAUAUUACGGUGUUUCUUCAUUUUCUGUCGAAGUAUGGCUCCCUUGGCAGCUCUUGCCAACAACAUCGUAGAACAACAAAACAGUUAUGUGACAAAUGAAAAGGGCUUUGAAUAAACACGAUAG